AUGGGUGGUCGUGGUGGAAGGAAGAGAGGACGAGGCAGAGGAGGUGUGGCACCGUCGCAAGCCAGAUCGUCGUCGCCUCUGCCAGGUCGUUACGACUUCACGCCCUCGCCAUCGCCGCCGGUUGUCCCCACGCAGCAACCAUCAGUAUCCGUGAGGGAUUAUCCACCACCGGCGCAGUUGUUCCCGAACUCGCAGAAUCCACAUCGAGGACCAGAGUCUCGAUCUCACGAGCAACCAUCUCCACACGGUCAACAGCAACCAUCUCCACGCGGUCAACAGCAACCUGUCUCUCAACAACAACACGAGCAAGCUUCUGACGCUCAAAGUGUAUUUCCGGAAGAAGAAGAAGAAGCUCUAUUCUCGGUGAAUCUAGCGGAAGACCAGCAACGAAUUCUCAAUGCCUUGCUCACUCAGCCUGGCAGGGAAGCAUACACCACAGUCCUCUCUCCCAUAAAGAAGCCGAACACAACAUAG